AUGUCGUACACGAGCCCUGGAUCAUUUGCCGCCUGUGGGUUCACUUGGCCUGAACCGGUCGGCCACGCCGCCAGGAUAUUUACACCUGGGCCUAAAAUAUCCGGCUUCAAAAUCCCAAGACUUGCAAUGUUGGGUCCUCUAGAAGAAAAGGCAGCAACCACAGAUGGGAGGGAGUUACCUACUGCCGUUGUAGUGCUCUCCAAAUCCUUCCAGUUAACCAAGAUCAUAGCAGCACCGCCAAUUUUGGACAUAAACAAGUGGCAGAAAUUCCUUGCUGAAAUCCGUUGGUUGGUAGGCCCCCUCUCCAUUGAACAACCAGCUCGGCCUGUUUCGCCGCAACACCACAUUUGCCCUCAACUGCCUGUCCAUAGUACUCGCGCCAACAGUAAGAGCCCAGGGAAUCCCAUUAAUUACAUUAUAGUAUUCAGGGCCGUCGUUUCCCGCCGCGAAGCUGACAAAGAUACCAUGCUCCAUCGCUUUGAAAGCAGCUAUCAACAUUGGGUCCUCGUAGAAUUGAUGUGGUUCGUCAGAGCCAAGAGAAAUGGAGAGCACGUCGACUCCUUCCUCCACAGCAGCAAAUUAUUUCCCCUUGUGACGAGUGAUCAGUACUCUCCCUGA